AUGAGCGACAAGUGUGCCCGAUUCCAGGAAAAGAUCAAUGCCGUUCGCCGCCAAAGCCAGAAGGCUCGACGUCCAAGUGCCACAGCGGCUCCAGAAAGACGACGAAGCAGCGUGUCAGAAGGGCUGAAGCAAUUGGCCCCUCAUGAAAUUCUGACCGUGCUUGAGCACUACGCCACCAUUGAUGGAGACCAGUGUGUUGAGUGCUUGGGUGCCCUCAAGGAUUGCUCCAUGCAAGAUUCCAGUAAGCUCCAUCACAGUGGCCGCCAUGGACGACAUCACAGCAAGCGAGGAAGCCAAAAGCCCAAGCACGGUGAAGUCUCCACAUCUCUGGUUUGAACAGCCUUCCAAAUUGCUCUAGCUAGUAGCAGGAUACCGCUGCCAACGAAAGGUCGACAAGCAGCCAGGGUCCAGAAACAUAGAGAAACUAAUAUAUAGCAUGCAUCAUCUUACUACGCGUACAUGAAUCUAGAGAGCUGCGUGCACGCAUUGUAGAGUUACUCGAGAAGCCACGGGCCCUUCACCCACUCGUUUACCAGGCGGCCGCUCUUGCCACCUCCCCCUAAUGUGAAACCCAAUAGCAUGCAUUCGUUGUAUACAUAGUCA